AUGUUAAGUGCAGUUGUCUGUUUGCCCGAGAACAUAACAUUUCUGGCGACGAGGAAUCGAGCGACCAUGCCAAGCCUCGGCAAAAUAGAGGAGUUCAAUUCAGCUACUACAAGUAUCAAUCGCUACCUAGAGCGACUGGAACAAUAUUUUGUGGCAAACAGCGUUCCUGCCAAUUCUGCAGAGUCCCACAAACGAAGAGCAAUCCUAAUUUCUGUUAUUGGCGCCAAGGCCUAUCAUAUUCUUUCGGAUCUCUGUUCACCGACUCCUCCUUCUGAGAAAACGUCUGCACAGCUCACCACUAUCCUAAAGAAUCAUUUCCCACCGAAGAAACUUGUUAUCGCCGAAAGAUACCGAUUCCACAAUUGUACACAACGUGAAGACGAGAGUGUCACAGCGUUCACUGCUAACCUGAAACAUCUGGCUUCAACUUGCCAGUUCGGCACUUGCCUGAAUGAAGCUUUACGCGAUCGUUUCGUCUGUGGUCUUUGCAGUAAGGAGACACAAAAGAAACUGCUAUUUGAGGAACACACUUUCGAUGCAGCACUGAAGGUCGCCCUCGGCGCCAAAGCUGCAGAAAAGGAUGUUGCUGCGUUCUCGCAAGAAAGCUCAGCUUCUGUUAACAAAGUCGACUCCGGUAAUCGUCGACGUUUUCAGCUUACCCAACGUCAUAAGGGUCCUGGCAAGCAAGGCAAGUUGAAUUCCUCUGGUAGCAACAUUAAAGUCUCAUCGGAGUGUUUGAGCUGCCGAAAAACAGGGCACCCACGUUCUUAGUGUAAAUACAGAAAUUACACGUCAUUCUUGCAGUAAAGUUGGUCACAUCUCGGAGGCAUGCAAAGGGAAACCUCAGAAAGUGCACCAGCUGGAAGGAUCAGAACCCCCUCAAACUAGUCCUCCCGAUGAUUCGGUUGAUCCUUUUUCUUUCUCACUGUACAAUCUGAGCUCAGGCCAGCAAGGUAUUGAGAUACCCGUUGAACUGAACGGAACCUCUCCUCUAAUGGAAUUAGACACUGGUGCAGGCGUCUCAGUUAUUUCAGAAGAAACUUACAAGAAACACUUCAGUGGCACACCCCUCCGGCCAUCCAAUACUCGCCUACGUGCAUACACAGGACACCCACUCAAGGUACAUGGGCAACUUAUUGCACACCUAAAGUACCAAGACCAGAGCCCCGAUGUCCCACUUCUUGUUGUUGAAGGCUCAGGCCCAUCCCUUUUUGGAAGAGAUUGGCUGUCCCGAAUAAGACUCGACUGAACGAAGAUCUGCAAUAUUCACGUAUCAGAGACAGACCUCCCACAGGGCGUGGCUUCCCAGUUGCACACAACUAUCCACAAUCACCCUAA